UGUGUGGCUCAGGGAGCGCGCAGCAUGGCGAUCGGUGCCAAAGAUGUCGGCUCAGUCAUGUGAUCAGCUGUGUCCAAUCACAGCUGAUCACAUGGGACAUGUACACUGAUCAUCAGGGCACUGAUGAUCAGUGUGCUCUGAUGAUCAGUGUGGCCCCAGAAGUGCCACCUGUCAGUGUCCAUCAAUGCCAGCUGCCAGUGCUGAACAGUGCCACGUGCCAGUGCCACAUAUCAGUGCCCAUCUGAGCUGCCUUUCAGUGUCACCCAUCAGUGCCACUCAGUGCCACCUAUCAAUGCCAAUCAGUGCCACCUAUCAGUGCCACCUAUCAGUGCCAGUCAGUGCCGCCUAUCAGUGUGCAUCAGUGCCACCUAUCAGUGCCCGUCAGUGCCUCCUAUCAGUGCCAGUUGCCAGUGCUGAACAGUGCCACGUGCAAGUGCCACAUCAAUGCCACAUAUCAGUG